UUCUAUUUGUCGAAAGCACCCGAAUUCGACGGAAGUGAACGUGGAUGCAACCAUGAUAGAAAUGUUGCAGAGGAUGUAAAUAUUGAAGGAAUUCUCCUGAUAUAUUUUGUGCACAAACUUCAGGUGCAAUCACACAAAUUUUUGUGACACAUAAGUUAAAAGUGGCAACAUGGGAGCCAACAGCAGUAGUAUCAGUGAGCUGUCCAGUAAUACCUACCUGGCCAAGCUGUGUGGCACAGACCCAGUCUCCAAGAAUGAUCCUUUCUGGAAUCAGCUGCUGUCAUUCACAUUGCAGAUUCCUCACAACAGUUCAGACAACAGGCUAUUAGAAGAGUCUAUAUCAGGCAUAUGCAAGAACAUGGCCAUCAACAACUUUCAGUCUGGUAACUUCGGAGCCUUGGUCAGGGUCUUCUUAAUUAGGGCAGCAGAACUGAAAGCAUCUACACAGUGUGAUGACAACCUAUUUAUCUGGCAGACAUACAAUGCCCUGUUUAUUGUAAGGAACAUUUGCAAGUAUUUUGUGGAGAAUUUAUCAGAGGAACUUCUGUUGGAACAGUUUAAGGCUCAGCCCACAGGGGAAGUUGAAGAUGCAGAGGAAGACCUUUGCCAGGAUUUCUUAAGUGCUCUGAUAGAGCUGAUAGUUGAUGUCACAGUGGUGUCUGGCCUGUGGACAGUGAUGACACUAGGACUGGCCACUGGUCAGAAGACACAGGAGAAUGAAGUGGACAGGAACCUGUUGGCCCAGCAGAGUAUCCUGCUGACCCUUGUCCUCGUCAACCACUGUACAAAUGACCGUGAGGUGAACAAUCCUUACAGACAGGCACUUUGCUCUUUUAUGGACUCGCAUGGUGAGGCUGGCGCCCCCACAGAGGCCUUGGCCACAUUCAGAAUGGACUUCCCCAGGCUCUACAAGGCACUGUGCCAAAACAUGAGAGAUGACCAAACCACGCUGCUACUCUAUCUGCUCAUACAUAGGAAUAUCAACUUCAAAACCUUUGUGCUUUCUAGGACAAAUUUAGACCAAGUGGUUAUGCCAAUAUUAAAAAUCUUGUACCAUGCAGAGGACAAAAAUUCUCAUCACAUUUACAUGGCUUUAAUUAUUCUGCUAAUCUUGAGUGAAGAUGAGUCUUUUAAUAAAGCCGUACAUGAAUUAACAAUAACAAAUAUAGCAUGGUUCAAAGAAAGAACAAUAUCAGAGAUCUCUCUUGGUGGUUUACUGGUGCUAGUUGUAAUCAGGACAAUACAGUACAAUAUGACCAAAAUGAGGGACAAGUACCUACACACCAACUGUCUGGCAGCUCUAGCCAAUAUGUCUGCUCAGUUUGACAACCUUCAUCCAUAUGUAACACAGAGGUUGAUAAGUUUGUUUGCCCUGUUAGUGAAGAAGCAUAAUCGUCUAGUUCAGCAACUGAAGAAUGCCUGCUUGGAGGAUGGCCAGGCAGAGAGUGGCUCCGAAGCUGAUACUGAGCCUGACUAUGGCCAGGACUUGAGUGUAUUAGAAGAAGUCAUCCGUAUGGUCCUCGAGAUUAUUAACUCGUGUCUGACUCAUGCCCUCCACCACAACCCCAACCUUAUCUACACUCUGCUUUACAACAAAGAGGUGUUCUCUCAGUUCAGGACACACCCAACUUUCCAGGAUAUCAUACAGAAUGUAGACACAGUUCUAGGUUACUUUACUGCACAGUUGGAGAAACCAGACAGGAAUCUCUCUGUUCAUGAAGUGUUAGACAUAAUCAAAAUGGGGGCAAGACAGUUUAAAAGAGAAAGGUUAAAGAAAUUCCCAGAGCUUAAGUUCAAAUAUGUGGAAGAGGAUCAACCCGAGGAGUUCUUCAUCCCUUAUGUGUGGUCAUUGGUCUACCACUCCUCCAACUUGUACUUUAAUGCAUCACGGAUACAGCUGUUCUCUUUAGGAACAACCCAGGGUUAACAACACUGAUGCCUGCUCACAAACACACACACACACACACACACACGCUGCAAGAGACUAGUGGACUGAGGGUACUGGGGUCUGGGGUAUAGCCUGCAUAGCACAAUGAGUGCAUGUAGACAUGAUGAGAAUAACAAAUGUAUGUGAGUGCAAAUCACAUACUUAGGUAAUGGGUCAAGGUGAAAUGGUGACUCAACACUAGAUUUGAUUGCAAAGUGUGAAUAGACUUGUGUGGGGAGUUCCAAUGUAACAGACAGGAAUGAAGUCGUGACUCACUAGAUUAAGACCAGCUUGCAGUCCUCGCUCUGUUGACCUCACUUAAAAAUGCACUGGUCAAGGACACAAUUGGGAAAUGGUCUGUUCUUACUGUGGCAACCUUGCCGUAAGUUGGUUAGGGUCAGUGACUGGACACAAGUAUGAGGUGGGCAGCUGCUGGAAAGUGGGCAAGUGUCCCUGAAAAUUGUGCUGUAAGUCGAUGCACUGGUCAAGGACUGGGCACCAGGGUGCAGUGGGUGCUAUUAAUCUGGACGUUAAUUAUAGUCCCCAUUUCCAUGGGUCUUAUUUGGUUGACUUAUGUAUGGAUCGAAGGCAGCUUAAAAGAUGUAAAAUUUGUGGGCAGUUAUGCUAUGAAAUAUGUAUAUAGUUAACUCAUCCAAAGGUUCAAAUCCAAAGUUUUAUUUUUUGUGCAUUGGGAUUUUUUUCAUGCUUAAGUUUUUCUUGAUUGGAGGUUAUUGAUUCUGUACCAUAAAGGAAGUGGUAUCAAAGUGCUGCUUGCUUGGGUAACUAACAAUGUUGGAUAUUAUUGGCAAUACAUGACACUGAUUCUCUUUAUUGAGAUUUCAACCUUGCAACUGCAUGUAGGGAAUUUAUAACCAUAAUGACUUAGCACACCUCAGUCACAGCGAGUGUCGGGAGGAUGCAUUAUGUAUUUUAUAUGCUAGAUAUAUAUGGUCAAGUGAACUUGUAAUUAUGAAUAUUAAAGAAUCUAUCUGGAAUUAUAAGCAUCUGGGAAUUAGCAAGCCACUAAAGUGUGGGGAAAUGUGUGGCUUCUUCUACUGUAGUGUGUAUAGUCUUGGUGUUAGUGUUGCACUGAUGCAGUACCCAACUUGUGUGCUGACAACAUCAACAUCUCUGUUAACAGAUCUUGUUCAGCUGGGCAUGAGGCACAGCUAGCAAAUGCUUUGUUUAGAUUUUUACGAAAACAUUUUCUAACAAAAACGUACCUGUUAACUGUCCACUAACUGUUUAUAUAGUAUUACACUUAACUGAGGUAACAUAAUUAUAAAAAAGGGCUGCCCAUGCAUAAGGGUGGCAGUAUUUGCUAAUUUUAUUCACAUAUAACUAUAUUUCAGUAAAGAUAGAACAGUGAUAGAAUAUUGCUUAAAGGAGGGAUAAACCAGAAAUUUCACAUUAUAUCCUAGAGGAAAAAACUUGAUCUCUUUUCUAGAGAUAUGUUAAAAUUUAUUGCCCGGCCCAUAAACUGUACAAAAUAUUCUAAAUGUUAUAUUCAAAUAAAAAAUGCAUUUGCAAACUACCCGCCUCAAUAUGCAAAAAAUGAAGCAACAUUAUUACAUUGUAGGUCCUCCACAUACCUAGACAGCCGUAAUGCAAUGUUUUUUUCAAAAAGAAAUCGCAAGGAGAUUGUCUGUUAUUGGAAUUAUAUUUAAAAUUAAACCGGGAUUGGUUUGAAAUAGCAGGUGUGUGGCUGCUUCCUUUCAUAAUUCUUGACUUCUUUUUGUGCAGAAACAGUUUUGACCAUGUAUGGAUAUAAAGCUUUUUAAAAGGUGUAGAAAGUUGGUGGUUUUCAGUAUCUACUAAAUUUGUACAUAAUAAUAUGUAAAUUGGUUAAUUUUUUUAAGGAUAUGUGCUGUUUAAGUCAUUUUGUUUUUGAUUUGGUUCUUUUAUUUUAAGUACACUUAGCUUCAAAUCCCUGUUUACUGUGAUAACUGUAUAUCAUGGGCUGUAUACGUUGUGGCUGUACA